AUAACCAUCAUUCAAGUGGUGACGCGAGUAAAGCGCGGUCGAAAUUUUCAUACCCACUUUUCGCGRCUUCUACAUAAAUAGCGGUUUUCGAUUUACAAUUUCAUUUAGUUUGUGACAAUUAAAAGUGGUGCUGCUACCAAAACCGGUGCAUUUAACACAGAAAAGGAUUUUUUCGAAUGGGUGUGAGUUUGCGCAGUUCCUGGUAAAAAAUGGCUGCAACGACUAUGGAUAAAUUUUGUGGCUCCGAAUUUUGGAAUUCAACGCUGACAUGGCACACAAACAAUCCAGAUCUAACAAAAUGUUUUGAAAGGACAGUUUUAGUGUGGGUUCCUUGCGCGUUUCUGUGGACUUUUUCUAGUUUAGAAGUUUAUUACAUUUUGCACAGCAAGAGAAGGGAUAUACCCUGGAAUUGGUUAAAUGUGUCCAAGUUACUGGGAACUGCUAUUCUUUUUGUGUUAACAGUUACUGAUUUAGUGACAGGAAUUAAUUCGGCGAGCUCAAGUGAAAGUGAUGUGUAUAAAGUGGAUAUUUACACACCAGUUAUUAAACUGCUUACUUUUGGUCUGUCAGCAGUACUUUUAGUAUAUAACCGUAAAUAUGGCCUCUGUACUUCGGGAUUACAGUUCUUAUUUUGGCUCUCAUUGGCAAUUUGUGGGGCCUUUCAAUACAGAACUGAAAUCAACGGCUCACAGGAAGAAAUUUCGGAGUCUCAAUAUUCCUACAUUAGUUACUUAAUUUAUUACCCAGUGGUCUUAGUAAUGUUAUUUUUAAAUUGUUUUGCUGAUCGGCCUCCACGACGUAGCGAAUAUCCUAAACUCAAGAAUCCUUGUCCAGAGGAAAAUAGUAGUUUUCUUUCCCGGCUACUAUUCUCUUGGUUUGAUCCUCUCGCAUGGAGAGGCUUUAGACGACCUUUGGUCGACAGUGAUCUUUGGGAUAUGAAACCAGAAGAUUCAGCAUCGGAAGUUGUGCCAACGUUUGAAAAACAUUGGAAGAGGAUUUUGCAAAAGUGCGAAAGCAACUCUCCUACACGUCAAACUCGUGCUUCCUAUAAACUUGACUCAGCACGUGUGGAUAUUGUCAACAGCUCGAUCAAGAAGCAGGCGUCCAUCCUGCCGGCUCUAAUUAAAGCUUUCGGACCUACUUUCGUAUUCGGUGCCUUACUUAAACUCAUCCAAGAUCUACUUACCUUCGUCAGUCCUCACAUCUUGGAUUUACUUAUCCAGUUCGUGAAAAAUAAUGAAGAACAAUGGAAAGGUUUCCUAUACGCCGGUGCUCUAUUUGUCACCGCGACGAUCCAAACUAUCGUCCUUUCUCAAUAUUUCAAUCGAAUGUUUGUUGUGGGAAUGCGAAUUCGGACGGCUUUGGUGUCGGCGAUUUACAAAAAAGCCCUCAGAGUAUCGAACAAAGCGCGCAAAGAGAGCACUGUUGGAGAAAUUGUCAAUUUGAUGUCUGUAGAUGCACAAAAAUUCAUCGAUUUGACCGCUUACAUCAACAUGAUUUGGUCAGCACCGUUACAGAUUAUUCUCGCCUUGUACUUCUUGUGGAAUAUCUUAGGGCCUGCGGUUUUAGCCGGAUUGGCCGUCAUGAUUAUUUUAAUCCCGGUUAACGGAUACAUAGCGAAUAAAGUCAAAGUGUUACAAAUCAAACAAAUGAAGAAUAAAGAUGAGAGAGUCAAAUUAAUGAAUGAAGUCUUAAGCGGAAUCAAAGUACUUAAGUUAUACGCGUGGGAACCGAGUUUUGAAAAACAAAUUUUGAAAAUCAGGUCGAAGGAAAUACAGGUUUUGAAAGAGGCGGCGUAUAUGAACGCCGGGACGUCGUUUAUUUGGUCGUGUGCCCCUUUUUUGGUGUCUUUGAUCACCUUUGCAGUAUUCGUCUACAGCGACUCAAAGAACAUUCUCACACACGAAGCGGUAUUUGUUUCAAUAACAUUAUUUGGUAUAAUGCGAUUACCAAUGUCGCUUCUGCCAAUGUUGAUCGUGUACUGCGUCGAGGCCAUGGUUUCAAUUCAAAGAAUUAAUAAAUUUAUGAACGCGGAAGAAUUAGAUCCUACGAGUGUUACACAUGACCCGAAUGAGACUGCACCCUUGGUGAUAGAAAACGGUUGUUUCAACUGGGAUGAGGAUCAAAUACUCAAGAAUAUCAACAUUCGUGUUGAGAAAAAAUCUCUUUGUGCUGUGGUAGGUUCGGUGGGUUCUGGCAAAAGCAGUCUCCUUUCUGCUUUCCUUGGCGAAAUGGAUAAAAUUUCAGGACGGGUUAAUACAGUCGGGUCUAUAGCGUAUGUGGCUCAACAAGCAUGGAUUCAGAACGCCACUUUGAGAGAUAAUAUUUUAUUCGGAAAAUCUUUCGAUAAAUCCUUGUAUGAUAAAGUGGUCGAGGCUUGUGCCCUUAAUCCCGAUUUUGCGAUGUUGCCGGCUGGGGACCAGACCGAAAUUGGUGAAAAAGGUAUAAAUCUGUCAGGAGGGCAGAAACAAAGAGUCAGUCUCGCACGCGCCGUUUAUGCAAACUCCGAUAUUUACUUCCUGGAUGACCCAUUGAGUGCCGUCGACAGCCAUGUCGGUAAACACAUUUUCGAUAAAGUGAUUGGUCCUGAGGGGCUCCUUAGACACAAAACUCGAGUCUUGGUCACUCAUGGAAUCACGUAUCUGCCACAAACCGACAAAAUUCUAGUACUUAAAGAUGGUGAAGUGUCCGAAAGUGGCACUUAUCAGGAAUUGCUCGACAAAAAAGGGGCCUUUUCGGAGUUUUUGUUGCAGCAUAUUAAUGAAGUCGAAGAGGAUGAAGAAGAACUUGAUGUACUUAAGUCGCAACUUAGCGGAACUGCAGUUUCGGAAGAGAUUAAUAAAAAGUUGUCAAGGCAUAGGUCGCGUGUUUCAGAGUCAGUUUCCGAGACGGGUUCAGACCAAACUAGUCUGUCGUUACAAAGACAAAAGUCGGUCGAAAGCACUGAUAAGAGUUUGAGGCACCGCUCGAGUUCUGUAGAGGAGACGAAGAAGGUCAAAGGUGAUAAAUUGAUUGAGAUUGAAAAAGCCGAAACAGGAAGUGUGAAAUGGAUUGUCUAUAAACAUUACCUAAAAUCAAUCGGGAUUUUUCUAACCGUGGCCACGAUUUUCCUAAAUAUGCUAUUUCAAGGGUUUAGUAUUGGCUCGAACGUUUGGUUGGGUGUGUGGGCUGAUGAUAAAACGGUUGUUGUCGAUAAUGUGACCGACACGGGGAAAAGAGACUUUUAUCUUGGCAUUUAUGGUGCCUUGGGUAUAGGCCAAGCUAUUGCCGUUUUGUUAUCGGCGUUGUCGUUAUACAUAGGAGCGUUGAACGGAGCUCAGAUACUCCACCAAUUGCUACUGUCCAACAUUUUACGAGUUCCUUGUACGACUUUUUUCGAUGUAACUCCAGUUGGACGCAUUCUAAAUCGAUUUUCCAAAGACGUCGAUACUGUGGAUAACAUAUUGCCAAUGACUCUGAGAGGAUGGAUCACUUGUUUUUUUUCGGUGUUGGGUACUUUAGUCGUGAUCAGUGUUUCGACACCGAUCUUUGUCGCAGUUAUAGUGCCAAUAGGAAUUUUGUAUUACUUUAUACAAAGAUUUUACGUUGCGACGUCACGACAAUUAAAGCGGUUAGAGUCGGUUUCACGAUCACCGAUUUAUUCACAUUUCGGAGAAACCAUCACAGGAGUGCAAGCUAUUAGAGCUUUCAGAGAACAAGACCGGUUUAUUAAAGAAUCAGAACACAGAGUUGACGUUAAUCAAGUAUGUUAUUACCCAAGUAUCAUCUCAAAUCGAUGGCUAGCAGUCAGAUUGGAAAUGAUUGGAAAUUUAAUCAUUUUCUUUGCGGCUUUAUUCUCAGUUUUGGGUCGAGAUGAGUCGCAAAACGCCGGUUUAGUCGGCCUUUCAGUCACGUAUUCACUUCAGAUAACACAAACUUUGAAUUGGUUGGUUCGAAUGACCUCUGAUGUCGAAACCAACAUCGUGGCCGUAGAACGUAUCAAAGAAUACGGGGAGGCUCCUCAGGAAGCCCCCUGGGAAAUUCCCAACAAAGCCCCUUCGUUAUUAUGGCCUGAAAAUGGCACGGUCCAAUUUAAUAAAUACGCAGUGAGAUACAGGCCUGGCCUGGAUCUAGUCCUAAAAGGGGUCAAUUUUAGUAUAAAUGGGGGCGAAAAGGUGGGAAUUGUUGGGAGAACAGGUGCGGGAAAGUCGAGUCUCACCUUAGCAUUGUUUAGAAUUAUCGAAGCUGCCGAAGGCGAAAUUUUGAUCGAUGGAAUAAAUAUCGCCGAAUUGGGACUGCAUACAUUGCGUUCGCGGCUCACUAUCAUCCCCCAAGAUGCCGUCUUGUUUUCAGGAACGCUKCGAAUGAAUCUAGAUCCAUUCGAUAAGCACAGCGAUGAAGAAGUUUGGAAGGCAUUGGAACAUGCUCACUUGAAAUCUUUUGUGAAAGGUUUGACGGCCGGGUUGCACCACGAGGUGACCGAAGGAGGCGAGAAUCUCUCCGUGGGUCAGCGCCAAUUGAUUUGUUUGAGUCGCGCGUUGUUGCGCAAAACAAAAGUUUUGAUUUUGGAUGAAGCUACAGCCGCUGUCGAUUUGGAAACCGAUGAUUUGAUUCAGAAAACGAUCCGAUCCGAGUUUAAAAAUUGCACGGUUUUGACAAUCGCGCAUCGCUUGAAUACAAUUAUGGACUCAGAUCGAGUUGUAGUCCUAGAUAAUGGUAUGAUAGUUGAAUUUGAUUCGCCUUCGAAUCUUCUCAAACAGCAACAAUCAAUAUUUUAUAGUAUGUGCAAAGAUGCAGGGUUAGUUUGAAUUUUAACAAACUAUGUAAAUAAAAUUCAGUUUUUGUGUCACUUUUAUCUUUUAAUUGAUGUGUUCAAUAAAUGAAUAAAUUUUGUGGGAUAGGUUUGAAAUUUCUCGUUUUGAUGUUUGUUGCAGUGUAUUGUUAGAACCUAUAUUUUUUUGUUAUUUAGUUUUUGGUGCCUAAAAUUUAUUUAGAUUUUUCUAUUUUUGUACGUAGUUUACUUUUAUUAUUACACUUGCCUUAUGAUGUGAAUUUAAACUUUUGAAGAAUUGUGAUCUUGUUAAUAAUUAUUAAGAAAAAAAUUUUUGCCACUAUUAGAAUGUUACUUGUAGUAUCAUUUAUCCUGCAGUACUUAAACAGUAUUUUCUCCCCAAUUACGUAAAAACUGUUUCAAUCUUAAUUAUAUCCAAUAUUAUUUUUUUUAAUCUUGUAAUUGUACUGUAACUUUUUAUAAAUAUAUAGAAAUAAUGUUAA